AUGGUUACCUUAUUAGAAGUUUUGCUAAGCUUUUGCAUUUGCUGUACAUUAGUAAAUCCUUACAGCAUAGGAGUCGUCGAUCGUCUAAUUCAAUUAGUAGAUAAAGCGCAAGGUUUCAAUCUACUCGCGCCCGAAAACAAUCACGAUAAGGACUUCACGAGAGGAUUGUUUGCCGUAAACGAAUUCGAUCGAGGUAGGGACCCCCCUUUUCUGAUCGAACCCCCCGGUUUUAAUUACACCAUAGAGAACCGAUUGGGCCAAUGGAUCCUGUACAGUCAUUCGAGCUUCGAUUACGAGAAGGAUCCGAGAUCGUACGUGAUACGCGUCGGUUUCGGCUACGGUGAAUGGAAAAUCCUCAAGUUGCUCAUACAGAACAUCGACGAUGAGCCGCCCGCGCUCGUCUGUCCCGAUAACAUCACCAUGGUGGAAAACUUGUCGUAUGAUGUGAACAAUUCCUCUGCGAUAUGCUGGCUCUCUGAUCCCGACGGGUUUUUGAAUCAAACGACGUUUAAACUGACUGGCACUUACAGCGACAAUUUCGAAAUGAAAUUACCGGUAAAAUACGAUGAAUUCGCGCAAACUACAGAAGCGAUUAUAACGAAGAAAGCGUUCGAAAGCGAUGGAGAUGUCUAUCUAACUAUACAAGCGAAGGAUGGGGCUGGUCACAGUACUGUCCCGAAAGCUAAGAUCGACGUGAAAAUCAAAAUUAUAAAAGAUACCAAAUAA